AUGGAGCUGUACAAGGUGUGUCUGGAUCUCAUACACUCGUACGCCCGUUCCAAUACCGGCAAGUACAGGAGAACCGGUCUGGGUCCGGACGAGGAGGAAUCCUGCGAGGACCUCCUGCAAUUCCUCAAAAUGAUGACACACCUCACCGUCAAAGACUACAUCGACUUUGGUAGCCCUCACGUCAACUACGUCUGUGAGAGUUGUCCCGAAAAGCUCCCCACAAUUCCCCACCAGUUGUUCCUCACCUUCAUGGACCUACUGGAGACCGGUCUACACAACUAUGGCCCUGAGGUCAGGAUCCUCUGUCUAGAGGGUAUUGAGGGUGUGGCUUCCUGCCACGCCCGGGCGGGGCCUCCCCACUCCUCCCAGACUCUCACCGACGUACUACAACACUUCCUUAAGGUGAUAUUUGAUCAAAUGCUGAGUGCUUCAUUUGAUAUGGACACCAUUCAUUCCACCAGUGGAGCAGUCUAUGCCAUCAUAUGCUACCACAAGGAAAGCUACCUGUCCCUAGCCAACUCCCUCAUCUCCUCCCAGUCAGAUCCCCAGAGCCAGAGCAGGCUCAUGGAGGCCUUCUCUCUCCUCACUCCUCCCUCUCUCCCUCUGGACUCCAAGAGAACUUCCAAAAUCACUUUCAGAAAGAACCUCGAGCAGUUUCUACCGUUUGUGAAAGCAACUAUCUGGCGUCAUAUACCAUUCUGUAGGAUGUAUGCUUUUUAUUUCAUAGUCAGACCUGUAGUCAUGUGAGGGAGAACAUAUGUACUUGCAGUUUGGUUUUUAUUUCGGAGGGUCCCUUAUCGGAGGUUCAACUGUAAUGUGGAAAAGAAGAUUAGGUAGACUUGUUCUACUUGCCAAU